AUGAAAGGCAAAGGGGUCUCACGGCAAAUUCCCGUUGUUGAUAACAAUGGGAAAAUCUUGAACGGACAGGAGAGGGAUGCCUUCCUGAUUAACAAAUAUCAUCCGGAGUUGAGUGAGAGGGAGGGUGAAAUUUUGGAGAGUAUGGAUGAUUAUUGGAAUAGAAGGGGUGAAUGUUGCGAUAAGCUAGGGGAGGAAGAGCUUCGGGAGGCGUUGUGUAGGAUGCGAAACAACAAAGCCUCAGGAGCUGUUGGCAUGUCGGUCAGCUUUUGGAAGUAUGUAUGUGAAGAAAGAGCGAAUGACAUAAAAAGCAUGUAUGGACAAUGCCUACAAUUUUCAUAUUUCCCGCUUGUAUGGAAGCGAGCCAAAAUGGUSUGGUUACCCAAAGGUGCUGGGGGAGUGCGUCCCAUCAGUCUGAUGCCAGUUUCUGGAAGGCUCUUUGAUAAGAUCUUAAACAGGAGACUACAAUGUCGCCUUGAGUCUGCAGCCGGUCUGGAUUAUAGACAAUUUGGUUUUCGAAAGGGUGUUGGCACGGUGGACGCUGUGGCAAAAUUGGCAGGGCAGAUCAAGGAGGGCAGGGAGGCUGGUAAGCAUCAAUUGUUGGUGCUGCUGGAUAUUAGUAACGCCUUCAAUAUGGCAUGGGCACCGGUGGUGAGUCAGGAGCUGGAAAGGGCUGGAAUAGACAAGGGUUUCAUAAAGAUGUGUUGGAGUUUCAUGAGAAACAGGUUUGUCCAAAGUGGUAGUGUGAUUCGGUCAAUUGGGAAAGGGUGUCCGCAGGGAUCUAGCUUAGGCCCCACUUUAUGGCUAAUGGUUAUGGAAGGAUGGUUUCGCGUGAUUGAUCGGAUUGAACAAAGUAGUAUGAAUAAGUAUCGAGGAAAAGGGCUAGGUACAAAUGUGGGUGUGCGAAUGCUGACGGCUCAGGCGUACGCUGAUGAUCAGGUGCUGCUGUUCAGGGCCGAGUCAGCAAAGAAAUUAGAGUGCAUGUUUAGGAUGGUCUGGGAAGAGCUUAAUGUCUGGGCAAAGGAUGUGGCUGUGCAGUAUAGCGCGGGGAAGACCGAGGCGUUGUUUCUGCCGGCCAGGGGCAAAAUUCGGCCUCCGGUCCUUACUGCGGGCAACUUGCGGAUAAUUCCAUCUGCAGUGGUUACCUAUCUAGGAGUGAUACUGGACGCCAAAUUGCUCUUCCUGGAACAUGCCAAGAGUGUUCGAGUGAAAGUUGGUACGGUGUGCGUGAAAAUCAAAGGAAUUCUGAGGAACAGAAGCCUGGCAGCGAAGGAGGUUGUGUGGUUGAUGUAUGAAAGGGCCGUGAAAAGCGCAAUUCUGUAUGCAAGCGAGAUAUGGGGGGGAAAGGCGCUCGACUCAAGAGUCAAGAAGCAGUUAGAGGCAUCUCACAGGCUUCUGCUCCUGGGCAUGGGAAGGGUGUACCAGACGACCUCUACGGAAGCCCUGCAGGUGGUGUUCGGCUCACCCCCGGUGUGGCUGGAGUGUGUGGGUAGGAGUAAGUUCUAUAUUGAGUACGAUUGCAGAGUGAACGAAGGAAGGGCAAAGGAAUCUGAGCGAGUUCCCCCGCACCAGAGGAUAACAGAAGUUGCUUGUGGUGAGUCUCCUCACGUGGAGGAGGUGGACUGGCAGGUUUGGUGUGAUGCCUCGGUUGAAGGGGAAAAGGGAGCGAUUGGGGUUUGGUGUGUGGGUACGACUACGGGAGAAGAAGUCAGGGAUGAAUGGGUUGAGUGGGGCGGAAAGGAUCCAACAAGUAUGGAGGUUGCGGCCAUUGGAAAGGCUCUUGGGAUUCUGCGCUCUCUGUGCAAAGAGCGGGAAGGUGCGGUAGUAAGGUCAGAUUCUCGGCAGGCCAUCGCUGCUCUCGAGGAUUAUGAGUCUCGGUCAAUGGCGGUGGUGACAACACAGAGGCUACUGCAUGAUUUAAGGGACAGUGGCAUCAGAGUCUCGAUCUACUGGGAGGAUCGCAGGGGUUCUGCUGGCGCGGUCGCUGCCGACAAAAUCGCCAGUGGCGCGCUAUGGGGAACUCCUGGUACUGAAAUGGUGGCCACAAUCACCAAGAGGCAGGUUAGGAGCCUGAUGAGGUCCUGGGUUAUGGAAGAAUGGCUGAGACUGUGGAGAAACAGUAGCAAAGGGCGAGAAUUGUUUGAAGUGUGUGAUAUGGUCGGAAAGGGAAUGCUUGGUAUGAGCAAGAAAGCACUGCAGUUAGCAACGGGGCAUGGAAAUUUCCGUGCCUACCUUGCCAGAUUUAAAAUCCGGAACGGUGGUGAGUGCGAAUGUGGUCUUGGCGCUGAGACGGCUCAGCAUGUCAGGACCGUGUGCAUGAAACCAGUCAGGGAAGCCGCUCGGGAGUGUUUUGAUCCCGAGACUCCCCGCUGGCGCUUGAGAGGAAUGAAUGGGCGAAGGGAUGAGGAUAUGGUUAAAAGGUUUGAAGAAUUUGCAGAAGUAGUAGUCAGUGAUGAUGAUUUUGAAUAG